AUGAAAUCUAUUACUUUUGCUUUGAUUAUUGCGUUCUUGGUUACCUUUAUUUAUUCUUCUCCUUUACCACAAGGAAAUGGCGAACAAAAAUCCGUUAAUAUUGUAGGUCCGGGUCCAGGACCAUUGACUAUUGGUUCUGAACAAACCAUUACUUGGACGACUACAGGAUUUUCUGCUGAUGAACCAAUAUCUUUCGCUAUUCUCGCAGAACAUAAUCUUGCCCCACCCUUUAUUGCUGAUAAAUUUACUCCUGGAACUAAAUAUGGAAGUUUUAUCGCUCUUGAGUCUGAACCAACGAAUCCUUUUCGUGGUCCAAUUUUCGAAGUGACUGAUGGUGGUAAUACAACGGUGACAAAACCGGAAUCAACUACACCAAGUGUGAAAGCUGAUUUUUUGUGA